AUUAACAUUCUUAUGUCUUGGGGUUGAACUUCCUAAAAUACUGAUAAAGUGUUCAUUCUUCAAGAUUCCUUUUCCUUGAAACUUACCAACAAAAUACUCUUGGACUCAGAAACUGAGGAGCAAGAGAGUGAGAGAGAGAGGAAGAGGGGGAGAGAAAAAGUGAAAGAGAAAAGAAUGAAUUCAUCCAAAUCACCAGCAUCACAGAGCACAGAGAGAGGAUGCGUCUCUUCCCAAGUGUUCUUAUGGACUGUUGCUGGGAUCUCCAUCCAACUACUCAGUGCCUGUUUUAUCACUCGAUGUGUUUUGACAUAUCACAUCUUUCAACUCUGUGAUGAGAAGAAGGAUGAGCCAUAUGAGCUCAUAGAAUUCAACUGCUACAAUAAUGCAUCAGGUUCAGUCAAGAAUUGCUGUCCAUUGGGCUGGGUACAUUUUCAAUCUAGCUGCUACUUUUUUUCUACUAACACCAGAAGCUGGUCAGAAAGUAUGAAAAACUGUUCCAGCAUGAGAGCUCAUCUGGUGGUUAUCAACUCAGAGGACGAACAGAAAUUCCUUUUCCAUGCAAAACCUAAAGAUAGAGAGUUUUAUAUUGGACUAACGGACCAGGUGGUUGACGGUCAGUGGAAAUGGGUAGAUGGCACACCUUUCACGGAGUCUCUGAGCUUCUGGGAUGCAGGGGAGCCCAACAACCUACUUACAGUGGAGGACUGCGCCACCAUAAGAGACUCUAAUAAUUCUCGGCAAAAUUGGAAUGAUAUGGCCUGUUUCUUAAAUAUGUUUCGGAUUUGUGAAAUGCCAGAUAAAAGUAUUUUGGACAAAGAGAAGUCUUCAAGAACAGAAGGCACAACUUAAAUGUAUUCGUGAGGGGGACCAAGAACAUGAACACAGCCACAACUCCACAACACGAGAAACGUGUGCACUGUACUUCAGAAGGGCUCCACAAGUGUUUGCUGAUUUGAUGUGAAUAAAAAUAAAUAUUUUUGAAUGUUAUAAUUCAUGA